AUGGUUCAAAUAGAGCAAAUAGACUUCACAUCUGCACUUGGAAAUCGAUACAUCGUGCAAAGUGUCCUGUCGCAGGAGGCGCCGGCCUCGUUCGUGAGGAAGUUCUGCGGCAACGCCAGCUGCGGCAGCUACAUCGCGGCGUCCUACGUCAAGUUCGUGGAGGGCGGCGGCGCCAGGGUCGUGCCCAUACGCAUCAGCCAAACGAGGGAUUACUACAGAGCUGUAAUGAGACAGAUAAACGGAGUACUGCUACCAGGUGGUGGAGCGGAUGAUUUCGACCGGCCUGGUGGCUAUGGAGAGGCUGGAGCACACAUAUAUGAAGUAGCCAAAGAGAUGAAUAGACAGGGUGACUACUUCCCACUGUGGGGGACAUGUCUUGGAAUGGAGCUAUUGGCACAUGUUUCAGCUGGGCGACGUGAGCUACGAGCUGACUGUUGGGCCUCUAACCUGGCGAUGCCACUCAACUUAUGUCCAGAUUUUUUCAGGAGCCAAUUAUUUGGAGCAAUACCUGAUGAUAUUUUGACAAUAUUGUCAUCUGACCCAGUCAACGCACAUUUUCAUCAUUACUGUGUCACUGAAAAGAACAUGACGGAGUAUGGUAUUUUACACAAGUGGCACAUCUUGGCUAUGAACCACGAUGUUGAGGGAAUGGAAUUUGUUUCUGUCAUUGAAUCAAGGAAAUAUCCAUUUUAUGGAAUUAUUUUUCACCCUGAGAAAAAUGCUUAUGAAUGGGCUACUGAAAGAGAUAACCCUCACUCUGCAGAUGCUAUAAAAGCCAUGCAGUAUUUCAGCAACUUUUUUGUUAAUGAAGCACGGAAGAGUAACCACUCUUUUCAGUCUCGUGCAACUGAACGAAAUUCGUUAAUUUAUAAUUACAAAAUUAGACAUACAGGAACAGCAUCUGUUUUUGAACAGGUUUAUUUCCUUUAGAAGGAAUGUAAAUCUCAAGUAGCUGCAGUGAAGACAUGUGAUACAUUGUUUCGGUUAUAUAUUUGAUG